CGGGACGAACCUUUCGCGGAGGCUCAGAGUGUCGGAGGGCGGAGGUGCUUCGGGCUUCUGGCGCCGCUGCGCGUUUUCCAUUCGCUGCGCCGGAUGGAAAACGAUGUCGAUCCGCUCGCCGGUACCGGGUUUGUCCAGAAACCAGUUGUACGCUGGCUGCGCAGCGCAGCGCAGCGAGCAGCGAGCAGAGAGCAGCAGCAGCAGCAGAAUGUCUCUGUAAUGGCGCAGUGAUUCCGCAGAAUCAUACGUGACAGCUUUCAUUGGACAGCUCUUGUGACGUGUUCUGCCCCCGGCUGUACCAUCGAUGCCAGCUUAUAGUGCUUAUCGGCGAACCAGCGCUGCGACUCCUCUCCCCCUCCCCUCCGCUCCGCUCCACGCGAAGCCCUCUGCCGGUAGGGAAACGUGAAUGAAUGCCCGAGGCGUGGGAUGUGCGGGCUGCAAUUUCCAGCUGCCUCGUCGGCCUCUGCGAUCAUCCCAAUUGUUGCGAGCACCAGCACCAACAGCACCACCAUCAAAACCCCAUGUCGAGUGUGAUCGUCGGCCCGCCCGAGGGAUUCUUCGAGGGUCUUCGAUGUGUUGCAGUAGUCGAUAGGACUGUCGUUCCCUUAUGAUUUGACGAAGAACCGUCGAGCCGAGGCGGGCGGGCUUCUGAGCGUCAUAGAGCGAGGCGAGGUGCAGGAUCGCAGUGCUACGGGGUGCAGCGAGGAGCGGAGCGGGGCGGGACGUCGAAUUGUGCCAUGGCGGACCAUCUACUUCAGGAAGUGGAGAUGCACGGCCAAAAGCCCGUGAAUGGAGGGGCUCCCUUGCCCCAAGUGCUAGCCCCUGCGGACGGGAGAGAGGUGACGGUCGACGAGCUGGUCGACUGGAUUAAGCGCGACAAGAGCUGGAUCGAGGAGCACCUGCUUCACAGCGGCGCGGUGCUCAUCCGCGGGUGCGAUGUCAAAGAUGCCAAGGACUUCAACACCGUCGUCGAGGCUUUCGGGUACGAAGAGCGGCUGUACAACGGAGGCCUGGCGCCACGAACGCAAGUAAUCGGCAGAAUCUACACUGCCAACGAAGCUCCUCCCCAUGUCUACAUACCUUUCCACCACGAGAUGGCACAGCUACCCACAGCUCCCUCGAAGUUGUUCUUCUUCUGUGAGCUGGCACCGACGAAAGGUGGCGAGACUCCUCUGUUAUGGAGCAAUUCCGUCGUGAGACGCUUGCAGCAGGAGUGCCCUGAUUUCCUGCAGCAGCUGGACGAGAAGGGUUUAAUAUACCAAUUGUACUUCGGGGGCGAAGAUUUAUCUGAGUCUUACAUCCAACGCAGCUGGAAAACUCUGUACAAAGUGAACGACCGAGAAGAACUCGAGGACAAGCUUGCAAAGAUGGGCGGAGACUCGAGAGUUGAAUGGAUUGAAGGACAUGGAGUCAAGACGAUCUACGGUCCACUCCCUGCCUUGAAGUGGGACGAGCAGCGGCAACAGAAUGUUUUUUUCAACUACAUGGUAAUGAAGUACUUCACCGAGUACCCUGUCCUCGAGUGUGACAAGGAGGUAGCGGCUUUCGACAACGUAAUGUUCGGAGAUGGCUCACCACUCCCGCGAGAGCAGGUUUUGGACUGUCAGAGAAUCAUGGCCGAGGAAAUGGUCGAGUUCAAGUGGGAACGAGGAGACGUGAUACUCAUUGACAAUGUGGCUGUGCAACAUUCUAAAAAUCCCUGCUUCUCUCCUCGUCGGAUCCUGGCUUCUCUUGUAGUGUAAAUAUCGAGUACCGAGUCUAUAACUCGAUCUACUCCAGUACGAGAAGUGACCUGUAAAAUGGUGUAGCUAGAUUAUGGUACUGUAUCUUCGAGAGGAUGUAAAGGGCAACCAUCAUGUUAACUUACUGUUUUCCCAGUCGUGAAAGGUCUUGGAUCUUUCACUACCCUAAGCUGCAGCAAACAUAUUCUCAACAAGCGCUGCCGCAGUAUCGAAUAGAGCGAUAUUCUAGGCCGACAAUUUUGAAGCCCAAACAGAGCAAGAUAGUCCAGGAUUUCCAUACUUCAGAUAUGUGCUUUCAGACUUGCCUAAACCACAGGUUUCUGGCAAUCAGGGCUGAAAUCAGACUGCUGCAUAUGGCAUGUACAUACCGGACAACGUAUGCAGUUGAUCAUUGCAAGAAGCUGCUGUAUUUUUUGUAUUUUAGGAGUCUGAUACUAAGAAAAACUGCCAAAUAUAUGGUAAAUUUUAAGACGAAAUCUUG